CUAAGAGAAGCACACACCAGCCAGAGCUCCGAGUCGCCCCUGCAGAAUGUGGUGCAGCUAAAAUUUGCCCGAACCUUCCCAUUAGCGACCGCGGGGUAUUCUUCGAAACUACUCCGUGGACCGAAUCGGGACUAAUGAAAAGCUGCAACUUCAACAGCGUCGAGCUUCAUAUUUGCCAAUUGACUCGACAGAACCACUAUUGGACAUCAUGGACGCCCUCAAGCAGACUUUCCAUCGGUGCAAGGCCGAGAACCGGUCGGCAUUGGUUACUUACGUCACAGCUGGUUACCCUUUGCCCGCGGACACCCCACGCGUGAUGCUGGGUAUGGCCAAAGGCGGUGCAGACAUUAUCGAGCUCGGUGUACCCUUCACAGACCCUAUCGCCGACGGUCCGACAAUUCAAACGUCCAACACGAUAGCCCUCAAGAAUGGCGUCACUAUCGCCUCGACGCUGUCAAUGGUGCGAGAGGCACGAUCGAAAGGCCUCAAGACCCCCGUACUGCUGAUGGGCUACUACAAUCCCCUUCUCUCAUACGGCGAGGACGCCUUGUUGAAGGACUGCAAGGAGGCCGGUGUCAACGGCUUUAUCGUUUGCGACUUGCCACCCGAGGAGGCCGUCUCAUUCCGAAAGCUGUGCAACAAGGGCCGUCUGAGCUACGUGCCCCUAAUCGCACCCGCCACGAGUGAUUCUAGAAUGAAGUUGCUAUGCCAACUGGCGGAUAGCUUCAUCUACGUGGUGUCGAGACAAGGUGUGACCGGUGCGCAAGGAACUCUGAACGCGAACCUGCCGAAAUUGGUGGAGCGAGUCAAGAAGUACAGCGGUGACAAGCCCGCAGCUGUGGGAUUCGGUGUCAGCACGCGGGAACACUUCCAGAGCGUAGCUAGUGUUGCGGAUGGAGUCGUCAUCGGCUCGCAAAUCGUGACAACGCUGCAAAAGGCACUGGAGGCCAAAAUGGAGCUCAGCAAGGCGGUCGAGGACUACUGCGCGUACGUGUGUGGGCGGACCAGCCCUGCGCAAGGUGAGCUCACGCGGGAGGUGGGCGUUGUGGAGGCUAUUAACGGAGCGAAGGAGCCGGAUGGGGAGGAUGUCACCGUCAACGCUGUUGUUACAGGACACGAGGAUGAGGAAGACGCGGCCUUAGUGGCCCAACUCGCGGCGAUGCACGGCAAGAUUCCGGAGCGAUUUGGCGAGUUUGGUGGUCAGUACGUGCCUGAAUCCCUGAUGGACUGCUUACAAGAGCUCGAGAAUGGCUUCCACGCUAUUAUUGACGAUCCUAAGUUUUGGGAGGAGUAUCGUAGUUAUUACGAAUGGAUGGGUCGACCAGGACAUCUGCACAUUGCUGAGCGUCUGACGGAGUAUGCUGGUGGUGCGAAUAUCUGGUUGAAGCGCGAGGAUCUGAACCACACUGGUUCGCACAAAAUCAAUAACGCACUGGGACAGAUUCUGCUGGCCAGACGACUUGGUAAGACCAAGAUAAUUGCUGAGACUGGUGCUGGGCAGCACGGUGUUGCGACCGCAACUGUAUGCGCUAAGUUUGGCAUGGAGUGUACCGUUUUCAUGGGUGCUGAGGACGUCCGCCGCCAAGCCCUCAACGUCUUCCGGAUGCGCCUCCUUGGCGCUAAGGUUAUCGCCGUCGAGGCCGGAUGCCGCACCCUCCGCGACGCUGUCAAUGAAGCUAUGCGCUCCUGGGUCGUCCGGCUCGAAGACACGCACUAUAUCAUCGGGUCUGCCAUCGGCCCGCACCCCUUCCCGACUAUCGUGCGCACCUUCCAAUCCGUCAUUGGCCGCGAGACCAAGGAACAGAUGCAGGCCGCACGGGGCAAGCUGCCCGACGCCGUCGUCGCCUGUGUGGGUGGUGGCAGCAAUGCCGUGGGCAUGUUUUGGCCCUUCUCUAACGACCCUAGCGUAAAGCUACUCGGUGUUGAGGCUGGAGGAGACGGCGUUGAGACGAUGAGGCACUCGGCGACGCUUACGGGCGGCACUAAGGGCGUUUUGCACGGUGUGCGUACUUACGUCCUGCAGAACGAGCACGGACAAAUUCAGGAUACGCACUCCGUCUCGGCUGGUCUCGAUUACCCCGGGGUGGGACCGGAGUUGUCGUCAUGGAAGGACAGCGAGCGCGCCAAGUUCGUUGCGGCCACGGAUGCUGAGGCUUUCAUUGGCUUCAAGCUGAUGAGCGAGCUCGAGGGUAUCAUUCCUGCGCUGGAGUCGGCGCACGGAAUUUACGGAGCCAUUGAGCUGGCUAAGACGAUGAAGAAGGGCGAGGAUAUCGUCAUUUGUCUAAGCGGUCGUGGCGAUAAGGACGUGCAGAGUGUUGCUGAUGAGUUGCCCAAGUUGGGGCCGAAGAUCGGGUGGGAUUUACGAUUCUAGUGGAAGAAAACCAUAAUGGGUCUAAUUCCUGGAAGGUUGUCUGGGAUUGGAUGACUUUUUGAUGGAGCAAUCGAGGGAUGAGGGAUACUGGGAAAUACCACCCAUGAUGCACGCCUGGAGUUCCGAGAAAGAAAAAUGUAGCAUAGAGCGCUU